CCCCCUCCCCCGCCCAGGCCGCUGCCCCCCUACGGGCUCGACAAGGCCAAGUUCUUCAAGGCGGCCCUGGAGCGAGCGGCCCCGGCGCCCGGCAGUGGGGACGACGUCCGGCACCUGCUGAGCCGCAGGAAAUCCAGCUUUAGCGGGCAUUUCAAGUGGCUCCUCUACAACAGGGCGGUGCCUUCCUUAAUCCAAGAGGGGCCUCAGUGCGGGCUGGUGGCACUGUGGAUGGCGGGCUCCCUCCUCAGUCUGUCCCAGGACGUCUCCCUGGAGAGGAUCGUGCAGGUGGCACUGGAGAGAGGCUACACCGCCCAAGGGGAAAUGUUCUCAGCGGCUGACAUGGCCCAGCUGGCCGAGGAGCUGUUCCAGUGCCGGGCCGAGCUGCUCUCGGGAGGUCUCGAGGGAGAGAACCGAGGCAGGAUCCUUCGCCAUCUGACCGCUGGCUGCCCCCUGCUACUGCCCUACGACGAGGACUCCAACCACGAGCCCUGCAGGAGACGCGGCUACAAAGCCCACUGGGCCGUCGUCUCAGGACUCCUGCUGGGCCUCAGGGGCGGCGCCCUCAGCCCGGCCUGCCAGGAGGACGGGGAGAUCGCCGGCCUCUUCCACCCCAGCCCAGCCUGCCCCCCGCCUGCCCCGGAGGACGUGCUGGAGAUCUACCUGCUCUCCAAGCAGGGCAAGAGCUGGCGCCCCCAGCUGUGGAGCUACCGGCAGGCACACGAGAGCAACGCCCAGCUGACCGACUUCUGCCCCAAGCGGGUGGGCGACGGCAAGGUCUACGUGGUGCCCGCGGGAGGCGUGAGGGCAGGGCUCUGCGGCAAGACCGUGCUGCUGCACCCGCGGACCGCACCGAGCGCCCUGCCCCAGCCAGCCGGGCCCCCCCCUGCUGCCGAGUGCUAGGCGCCACCGGAGCACCCGCCUGCUGCAAACUCCCUGCCCAUGCUACAAGGGACAGCGGGGCCUAGUGGGUGGAGCACUGAUCUGGGACUCAGUGGGGCAUGGCUCUGCCGCUCUUCCCCUCUCUGUGCCUCAGUUUCCCCUCUGCAAAAUGGGGCCAAUGAUCCUGCCCUCCUUUGCAGGCGCCUGGAGACGGAGCGGUGCACGGGGAGGGGCAGAGCGUAGCAUACUCAGACCCACUGAGGAGACAGCCGCUGGGGUUAAAGUGCCGGGUGCGGCCCCGGCCCCUUUUUGCUGAUGCCCGCCGGCCUGCGGCCGUGGGGGAGGAGCAGCUAUUUCAGGCCCUCUCCAGAGGCACUACUGCUCUUCUACCCAGUGACGCUUUUCAGAAUGUCCCAGAUUCCUGGUUUGGGGCCACGGCGCCAGGAAACGGCAGGUACUUGUGGCCGGCUCUGAAAAUAACUUAACGCUUCCUGUCUGCCACCCGCCACUGUUAGCUCUUGAGAGCAGGGACUGGCUCUCAGUCGGGGUCUGGGCAGCGCCCGGUCCGACGGGGCCCUGAUCUCGGGCGGGGUCUGGGCAGCGCCCGGUCCGACGGGGCCCUGAUCUCGGGCGGGGUCUGGGCAGCGCCCGGCGCAAUGGUCUCGGAUCUCUAGAGUUGCUGUCAUACAGCGAACUUGGGAACUUUAACCCAUGCCCAGCAAACAUGCAUUAAAGACAAAGGCUGUUUGGUUUCCACA